UCUUUGGAGUCUCAAAUUACAUUAAUCCACAUCCAUCUUCUUCCUCUCUCUCUCUCUCUUUGUGGGUGUUUUUUGGUUUUUCUUUGAACCCUAAACAUACCCAUCACUCUCUAGAACUUCAAAACCAAGAAUUUCGAAUUGGGUUUUGUUAAAGGAUGAAUUUUGGACUCAAUAGACACCAAAAUCAUCAUUUAGAACCCAGAAAUAGGCUCGAUUUGACGAUGUUGGAGCCGUCGGAGCCGGAGGAGGAAGCUGCUAGUUCUACGGCGGUGGGGUCCGACGGUGGCGAUGGAGGAGUUGAGAAGGAACACAUGUUCAACAAAGUGGUGACGCCGAGUGAUGUGGGGAAAUUGAACCGGCUAGUGAUUCCAAAGCAACACGCUGAGAGAUUUUUCCCCUUAGAUUCAUCAACAAACGACAAGGGUUUGCUCUUAAAUUUCGAAGAUCGCAACGGCAAAUCAUGGCGGUUCCGUUACUCCUACUGGAACAGUAGCCAAAGCUACGUUAUGACCAAAGGCUGGAGUCGCUUCGUCAAAGAGAAGCGCCUCGACGCCGGUGAUACCGUUUCCUUCCAACGUGGGGUUGGUGAAAUUGGAAGAGAUCGUCUUUACAUUGACUGCCGCCGUGGCCACCGCCAUGAACUUCCCUUUCACCACCACUCUCCCACCACAGCCAGCAUCCGACCAAGCAUCCUCGUCCCAGCAAGCGCCACUGCUUGGGGGCCAUUCGUGUGGCAGCCACUCAGCGCCACAACACCUCGAUACCUCCCCCAUCUGCAAGAUCCCACAUCGAAUAGAGAGUGUUGUCCGUAUCCAUACCGGAGUGUUGAAACAUCUGGAAUGAUGUUUUUGAGGACAGAGGGAAGAAGGGUAGCCCCAAGAUUAGGGGAUCAGAGGGAGGUGGAGGUGGAGGUGGAGGUGGAGCCGAGUGGCGGCGACGGCGGCGGUGGUAAUUCAAUGACGGUGGUUCAAGAUACUCCAGUGAAGAGAUCAAGACUGAGGCUGUUUGGUGUAAACAUGGAGAUGGAAGAUCCAAUUUCAUUGACUUCUGAUGAAUGCGAAUUAUUAUUGUUUUCUUCAAAUUCAAACCCCAAAUUGGCUUCCUCUUCGUCAAAUUACGAGUAAGCAAAAGUUUUGAAGGCUUUUGGUUUUGUUUUGUGUAUAAUAAAUUAGGAAAUGAAUGCAAAUUAGUAAGAACAUUGUGAGAAUUUCUCAUUCUUUUGAAGCUUUUGUGUUUGUUUCAAAUGAUAUCAACCCUUCUAGA